AUGGAGUGCACACGACGCCCAUUGUCAUAUGCGAGAUGGCGUCUACGGAUAUUCCGUCAGCUACUAGGCCCUUCACUCGCGCCACCAUCACGCCGGCACCUCUCAAGCUCACUAAUUCACGCCGAUGAAGCUCCCUCAGACGCAACAAGUCUUCCUCCAUCAAAGCGCCUACCGCAAUCACCACUUGUCACGCAUCCUCGAUCGAGCCAUAAUAAGCUCCGAAAGAAACUCCCAACUUCACAAGAUAAAUCUGAGCUGAAGAAUAAUCCAUGGGCGGUAGCACUCGCGUCGCCGGUGCGGAUGUGUUCCGUGACAGGAGCCCGCAUACCACGCGACCUACUAGGAGAAUGGGGUCUCGUUCGGAAACCAGAUACAGAGAAUAGCUACUUGCUUCCUGUGGACUUGAUCAAGGACUCAUUACAAGCUCGGCAAGAAGUAAAAUCUACGGACGAGGAGAAAACUCCAUACCUAGAUCCAGCGGCAAUGGCUGCCGCUGCGCCGCUGCCGGCGAAAGCGAUUCGCAACGAGAAACCAGGACAUCAGCUCCUACUUCGAAUGAUCAACUCGCUGCAUCUGCUCGAAGAGCUGGCAAAGCCAUUGUCUAAGAACGCUGGCAAGAAACCAGCCAUUUCAAGACUCUUGCCAUUCCGAUGGAAGCAUCCACUGGGUCCGAUCACGUCUCGUGUGGAGAAGCUAUUGCUCUGGAGACCAGAUAUGGCGGAAUAUGUGUUGCAGCAGCGGCGCAGUGACGUGGUCAAGAAGCUGGAAAGGACUCGGCGGAGAUAUACACGCCUGGAUAUUCCUGGCGGAGCUUGGAGUGUCCUUGAUAUUCAGGAAUCUUCAAAUAAUGGGCUGGUGGAAGCCUUGGAACGCCUCGGGUCUUUCGAUCGAAUGGCAUCUGGGGCAGUUCUUCUCCUUGCGCCGUUGAGUAAUGGCGAGUCAUGCCCAGAGGCAGUGUUCAAUCCAUCUACCCAGAGCCAAGUUCCCGUGUUUGACUUAUCGACACUUCUGUCUGCUUCAGACUUGGCAAAGCUCCGUGAUACGGAAGCUCCGCAUUUUCAUAAUGUGGCCCUUUUCCUCAGGCCCGAUGAUCGUAUCGGAGUGGAGGCCAUACUGGCUCUAUGGAAGCUUCAGCGGUUUAUGACAGAAACACCGUCUUGA